AUGGCUUCCGCGAUGGCAAAGCGCCUGGAGGGCAAGACUGUUCUAGUGACCGGUGCAUCGUCUGGCAUCGGAAAGAGCACUGCGAAGGAGUUUGCGCGCACUUCGCCGAAGAACCUAAAGCUGAUCCUGACAGCGCGUCGCAUCGAUGCCUUGAAGGAAGUUGCUGCGGAGAUUAAUGCGGAAGUGGGUGAUGGUGUACAGGUGCUUGCCGUGAAGCUGGAUGUCAGCAACCCGGACGAAAUCAAAAACUUUGUGCCAUCACUGCCAGACGAGUUCAAGGAUAUCGACGUCCUUGUUAACAAUGCUGGACUUGUCAAGGGUGUUGCUCAGGCGCCCAACAUCGCGACCGAAGACAUCAAUGUGAUGUUUAACACCAAUGUCACCGGUCUGAUCCACAUGACCCAGGCAAUCCUUCCAAUCUUCAAGAGCCGAUCGGAGGGUGGCCGUGGCGAUAUUAUCAACAUUGGCAGUAUUGCUGGCCGUGAACCCUACCCUGGUGGCGGUAUUUACUGUGCUACCAAGGCUGCGGUUCGAUCCUUCACAGACUCGCUUCGGAGGGAGCUCAUUGCGACUAGAAUCCGCGUCAUUGAGAUUGACCCGGGUCAGGUUGAGACGGAAUUCUCCGUUGUUCGGUUCUACGGAGAUAAGUCCAAGGCCGAUGCUGUGUACCAGGGCGUUGAGCCAUUGACUGGCGAUGAUAUUGCGGAGGUUGUGGUCUUUGCUGCUGGCCGACGAGAGAAUGUCGUAAUUGCCGAUACACUAAUUUACCCUAGCCAUCAGGCGGGUGCUGGUGCCAUGCACCGUAAGUCAUAA